GUCAGAAACCGUUCCCGUGUCCAAAGUGCGACGCCUUCUUCUCCACCAAAUCCAACUGUGAGCGCCACCUGCUGAGGAAGCACGGUGUGACACACAGGACGCUGCGACGCAACGGCUCCCUCUCGAAGAAGGACGGCGAUGAAGGCUCGCACGAGAGCGCAGAGAGUCAGUCAGAGACGGAGCAGGUCACAGCAGAAGCACAAGACCUCAGCGCUGUCAACACCCCCACGGAUCUAGGCCCCACCCCAGAGAGCCCCUCCCCACUUGAACAAGAGGUGGAGUUCACCCAUUCAAGCCCCUCCCCUACACCAAGUUUCAGUUCAGCUGAAAACGAUGAAGAGCAGCUGGAGACAGAAACGGCAGAGCAGCCGGACCAGCAGGGGGCGCCAGAGACCAGAGCAGCUCAGAGAAAACAGCCUCCACUGAGCUGCAGCACCAAGGCGGAGAGCACAGAUGACGACGACUGCCACAGCAACAAAAGUCUGGACCUGAACUUCGGUAAAAAGCUCAUCGACUUUAAGCUCUCCUCGUCUUCAGGCUCCGCCCAGGAAGAACAGAGCUCCCAGCCCACCUCCUCUUCAUCUUCCUCUGUGCCAUCGUCCACCUCUGCUCCGCAGGGGGCAUCCGAGGGUCCAGAGACGGAGGAGAAAGAGAAAAAAGCUGCAGCCUCCUCUUCCUCCUCUGGUCCUGUGGUGAAGCAGCAGCCGGAGUACAAACAUGUAUGUCGGGUUUGCAAGAAGAGUUUCCGUUAUGCCACCACCCUCGCCCGCCACGAGAGGGCGCACCUCUCAGAGGAGACACCAAUUUUGGCACCGGUUGAAGAGACGGCGCUGACGGAUGUGGUGACGGAGAGCAACACCACCAAACCGGCUGAAGAGGAGAAAGAUGAUAAAGACGAAGAGGAGGAGAUGAAGGAGACGGAGAUGGACGUGGAGGACGGAGGACGAGUUGAGAGCGAGGCCGGGGAGAGCGGGGAGUCCGAGGAAGAGGAGGAAAAGGAGAAGGAGGAGAGGAGCGAUGAAGAAACAUCAGAACCAAAGAGUCUGGAGGGAGGAGAGACGAGCGGAGGACGAGUGGACAAGAGGAAGAAGAUCUGUAACGUCUGCGGAAAAAGAUUCUGGUCCCUACAAGACCUGACGAGACAUAUGAGGUCGCACACAGGCGAGCGGCCGUACCAGUGUCAAACAUGCGAGAGGACGUUCACGCUGAAGCACAGUCUGGUUCGUCACCAAAGGAUCCACCUGAAGCCCCGUGGAGCCGACGGAUCCUCGGCUGCAAACGACGACGCCAGUGAGGACGGAGACUCUUGCACCCCGACUCCGACAUCCACCUGCCCGCCCUCAGAGAAUGAGAGCGAGUGUGGGAGCAGCGCCGCCAAGGAGCUGGAGGAGGACGACGUCAAAGGCGAGGAGGAGGCUGGUGACGGAGCAGAAUCUGAGGAAAAUCCUUGUGCGGAUUCAGAGCCGAUCACCGUGGUUUCCUCUGAGGACCCGGACACAGAGAACAAAUCUGAACUUUGUGUCGACUCUGCGACGCAACAACCCGACACAGAUGCAACUCCCAGUCAACCGGCCACUGACACAAAGACAAGUACGAGUGACAACUCUUCGGACAGCGACCAGAAAUCAACCCCGGACUCAAACCCCUCCAAAGACCCUGCUCCCUCCUCCUCCAGCUCUCCACCAGGAGGAGCCACAACAGCCAAGACUGCAGAGGGAGCCAUCCAGGGGCUGCUGGAGAUCCACACCAAGCCGUCACUGGAGCACAUCCUGCCCAACGGAGAGCCUCCUCUUGUCGGGGUCGACUGAGAAGAAACCUCCUCAGCUGCCUGAACGUCACCACAGUGCCAUACGACGGAAACGCGCUACAUUUACCGUCACUGAUGAUGAUGAUGAUGCAAAAACCAGCCCAGAAAACUAUUUUUGACAGAAAGACGAAAACCUCGUUUUCUUGAAGUGCCUUACUACUAGUCCUACUUCUAUGAUGUUCUUUGCUAUAUCUUUAUCUGCAUUAUUACGGAGGAUGGAUCUAAUUUUUAUAGCUUUUUAUGAUGACAAUGAUUUGCAUUAAUAUUUUUUGUGCGGGGAAUCUAUAUUUCAGCAAUAAAAAGAAUAAAGUUACGAUUAUUAUUGUUCUAGAUUCUGUUUGAGAAUUUAUGAUCAACGUAGGAGACGCAGAGUGACAGACGGAGACGGACUGUCUGUGUCUCGUCUGUAUUUAAAUCACAUCAGAGACUGAACAAUCUUAUUUUCACAGAUGAACCUGUUUGGAUUUGAAAGAACUCGUCCGGGCGGGAACUUGACUCUAUUCUUUGGUCCGUCAGCAGCUUUUCAGAAUUCAAACUUCAUCAGUCACUUCUGUUCACAUAUUUCUGGAUAAAAUCAAACGUGGAGGUGACGUCGUUUCCCUCCAUGUGGCCAACGACGUCUUUUGUAACUGGAAAUCGCAGAACGGCCGCUGCCUCGUCGCCGUCGUUCCUCCGCACCAGUUCCCCGUCUCUCGGCAAAUCACACAAAACAUUCAUGAACUUGACAAAGUCAGAUUCAGUGUGAAAGAAAAUUGUGUUGAUCAUUUUGUUCUUGGUGGUUUUUUUAAUCCAUCACACUAUUGAUCCCUCGACGUCUCCCUUUGGUUUGUGAUGAUAUUUUCUCUUUCCUAAUCAUUCUCAGUUGAUUCCAUGUUGAACGUGUGCACGUGAGGUGUGUGUGAUUAUCAGUGAUCUUCAGCGUAGGGAUGGGAAUUCUUGUGUUUUGUGGAUAUUUUUUUAUUACUGAACAAAUCAAAAGUUUUGUUGUGUAUGUGUGCGACUCCCACCUGUGUCUCAUCGUCGCCCCCUAGUGUUCACGUAGGGUUUAUUACAGGGCCUCAGAUGUGGUUCAGUUUACCUCAAUCUCUGCUUUUAACUGCGACCACGAACAGAAUGGACGAGCAUCGCAGCCUUCAAAUCCUGUGUCUUCCUCAACAGGCUAGCACAGCUACUUCUGUGCUAGCCUGGUUUCCACUGUGGGCCAGAGCUAGCCAUGUCUUCAGACACGGCUAACUUUGGUUAACGUCUGAGUUGUAACUGAACAGAACUAGUGUCAACUGCAGCGUCAAAUCAAAAUUAAAAAGGGCUAAGUCAUCGCUAGCACAGUUUAUGCAAUUAACCUUAACAUUUGCUAGAUAUUCACAACUCCUAAUAAAAGGGGUUAAACUGAUGCUAACCAGGGCUAAUUUGUAGGACCGUGCUAACCCACCUGCUGAGGCCUUCACUGGGUUAAUUUCUUAAACACGUUAGCUAGCACUCAUUAGCUCUUAUUGUUAGCCUGAGCUUCGUUCAACUGCUAGACAAGACAACCAAGCUAACACUAGCCUAAUGCAGUUAACUCGUUUGGUAUGCUUAGCGUCGCUAGCACUAAUCGUUAGCUUGUUAGCUUGUUUUGGGUCCUUUAAAAUCUACUAAAAGCAGCACAUGUGCUUCAGCUAACUGACCAGCGAGGACUAGCUAACUAGGCUAAUGCUGCAUUAAUAGAAGCUAAAAGCAGACCCAGCUAACCUUCCAGUAUUACCAGUUUCUUUAGUUGGUCCAGGACGACGUUAGCACGAUUCCUUGUUUUUCAGAGAUGAGCUGAAACAGCUGAUAAAAAGAAAACAUUAAAAAAAUUUCAUUUAUUUAGCAUCGGAGACAAUCUGUCGUAUUUUUCCAAUUAAAAACGGAUUUAAAGAAAUGAAUCAAACCUUCAGUUGGUGUGAUUUCCGGGAUGAGGUAGAUGACGGGUGGACGUGAGAUUUAUAAAAUGUUCCGGGACGAUAUUUCCUCAAACAAGUAAAAGUUCUGAACCUCCAACCCGACAUAUCUACAGCCAGCGGCGUGAUCACUGAUCAUGACUUCGUGUGUUUGUGUCACGUGAAGAUGAACAGUGCAAAUUUUUCUAUUCGCACGUUUUCGUCUCUGUUUAUUUUUAUAUCAAGUAUCGACCUCAUAAGCAAAACAUACCAACCUCAGCGGCUCGUAAUGAAACUGUAAGGCCGCGACGGACAGUCGGUCCAAAAGAAAAAUACUUAGCAACCAGACGGUGACUGGACGCUGCUGUAAACUGGCACUAACACUUCCAAACUACUACUACAACUACUUCUACUACUUCUACUUUACUACAGUGGAAUAUUGUGACACAAUCAAGAGAGAGAGUUACCUUCAGUCCGAACUCAACGUCCGUGUCCACCCGUGUUCGCCGGUUGAUUUUGUCCAAGGAUCAGGACUAAAGACACAUAAAAUUCGGAUGUUUUACCUUUGAAUGAUUAAUCGACUGCGGAUCAAAUAUCAGUUUCUUUAAAUUAUCCUUUGUCCUGUUUUUCUUUGUCUCUUCCAAAGUUUCCCUCGAAUUCCAAAAAGUCAAAAUCCGCAGAAUUCUCCCCUCUAACACUUGGUCAGUGGUUAACGAAGUUCGUUCAAGUCGGUGCAACUCACGAGAGAAAAAGUUGCAGUGGAACUGGAAAUGAUAAGAAUAUUUUUCUUGCUGCAGAAUGAGUUUGUGUUUCUUUGGAGUCGACUGGAUCCAAGAACUUCACAGGAGCAAGAAUUUUAAGUAAUAUUUUUAUACUAUCGUCUAAAACCUGAGAACUUAAAAUGGGAAUAAGAGGGCCAUGCUAUGCUAAGCUAUGUUAGCUUCCUCCAUUCUGGAUCCGUUACGGCACCAACAGAACAUUUUGCUGUUGGUUAAUGGAGCUAAUUAAAAUUCUCUAAAAGUUCAGGUGGACCUGAAGAAGAAACAUUUUCAGAAUGAUUGUUCUAUAACACAAAAUUUUGCCGUUUAGCGACCUGACCUUGAAGCUUCGAUGGAAACAUUAUUAACUUGUAAUCACGAGAAACUUCAAACCAAACUGGAGCUAAAGUUGUUGAAACGACUUGUUCGCUGAGUCUUAACCUGAAAUGAAUUGAUCUUUAUUUUGGCUGAAGAAACUUUCCCUCUGAAUUAUCUUGUGUUUGUCCUCCUCCUCGGGAAUAUGUGCGAUUGUCUGUGUGUGUGUGUGUCUGUGUUGGUGUGUGUGUGUGUGUGUGUGUGCGUGCGUGCGUGCACGGCCAUAUGAAUACUGGACUUCCAUUCGAAUGCACGUGGACUGUUUUUAAAUGUAUUUAUUUGGAGCCCAGGUGUGUGAGUGUGAGUUUAGUUUCCACAGUGAGAAGAAAGCCAUGUAUUAAAGUAUCACAUUUAUGCUGCAGAGGUGUUGAGAGGAAGUGAUGGUUUGUGUUGUGGCUCCUCCGACUUGCCGUAGAGUCGGUGUGCGACUCGGACGUAGCAAUAAGAAAUCCUAAAUCCAAAAAGCUUUAUGUAGAUCUCCUGUAUGAGUCGAGAGACUCUGUUGGUUCUGUUUAGUUUUUAGUUUGGAUGAUUUUUGUUGUGCUUAUUUGUAUUUUUUCUCUCUGACAUAUAAAUGCAUAUAAAACUGUGAAAAUCCAUCUUGUUCAGUUAAAGGGUGAGUUUUAGGCUAGUUUUUUUUGCAUGUAAAUCUAAUUUGUUCAAUUAUGGAUGAUUUUUCCUUUCUCCAUCUCUUUUUAAACACACACACAUAUAUAUA